AUGGGGACUCCGGAAUUUCCAGAUCUAGGGAAACACUGCUCCGUCGAUGUUUGCACGCAGAUCGAUUUCUUGCCCUUCACAUGUGAUCGCUGCCUUCAGGUGCUUUGUUUGGAUCAUUGUAGCUAUAUGUUAAACCCUGACGAAGAUUCAAACAUAACUUGGGAUAAACAUGUUAAUGAUACAGAUUGUGAUCCCUCAAACUACGAAAACGAUGUUAAGAAGAAGAAGAAACAAUGUCCUGUUUCUAGUUGUUCUGGACCGAAGGAACCCGAUUCGAGUAUCUCGAGUACAAACACAACAGUAGCUGCUACAAGCGCUCCUGCAUCAUCUUCAUCUUCUUCAAUAUCGUCUGCUAGUUUUUUCGCUUCAGCCGAAGCACGUUUUAGAAAGACAAGAUUGAAUCGGACAAGAUUGAAUCGGGCAAGAUUGAAUCCGACCAGGGAAGAUGAAGAUCCUAGAGUGGAAAACCUCCCUCUAUGGAUGAUCAGGGAAGGAGUGGCUGAUGUAGUAGGGGAACUGAGAGGACAGAUGAGUCAGGAAGAAGAAGAAGAAGAUGUUGAAUGGGAAGAAGAAUAAGCUCCUGUUUCAGAUAUAGGUGUGGAGAGGUGGGUAAACUUAAAUGGUCUGACCGAGCCACAAUUCCAGUUCAUUGCGGUUUUUGACCCUUCUACAUUUCCAUAGAGUCCAAAAUCUCUCAAUUUGGUGCACGGGAAUGUCUUAAAUGGAUGUAAAACCUGAGCUACGAAUCUGUCCAAAAAUGUAUUUUGAUCGUCUUUUGUUUUUUUUUUUUGCUCCAAAA